AUGGAAGAGCAACAAACAGCUGCGGGGCAGGGCGAGGUGGUGCUGAAGGUCAAGCAGGUGUGUGGCGCGAAAUGGACGGGCGACGUUUCCAUCUCCUUGGAUGCCACUGCAGCGGACCUCAAAUCGAAGCUGCAGAACCUCACCGGCCAACCCCUCCACACCAUGAAGCUCAUGUGCUCCGGCAAGAUCUUGAAGAACGAGCUCAGCCUAAAAGAGCAGCGCGUUGGCUCAACCAAGGCGUCGUCGAUGCUGAUGCUCAUGGAGGACCUGGCGGGCAAGAAGAUGGAGCUCGAGCAGACAGAACAGCAGAAGAUACUCGACGAGACGCAGGUCGAACGCACCCUGGCCGCUGCACAGGACCUCGCGUCUCGAGUCGACACGGACGAGAACGAGUACGCACCGCAGACGCUCGAGAUCUACAACCAGUCGGGCCAGAAGAUGCACCUCCUGCCCAGUACGGUCUUCUUCGUCUUCCUCAACGUUUUCUGCUCGACUGACCCAACGUGGCUAGGCGACCAGCGGGCGCUCACGGUCGGCAUGACCCUGCACGACCGGGGCAAGGCGCUCGUGAAGAAGGGCGACCUGAAGACCGCCGCGCAGAUGUUCCUCCGUGCCGAGUCAGAGGGCUUCUCCAAAUGUUCGGCUGACCUGUUGGCCAUGGUCGACAACUACGGCCUGCUGUGCCUGGACAUCGCCUGGACCUACUUCAAGCUGCAGGACAUCAACAACCUCAAGGACGCCGGCUGGCGGCUGCAGAAGGCCCAAGAGUGCUUGGAGAAGACGUACGGACGCAACAUGGAGCGCCUGAAGAGGCUCAAGGGCGGCGCUCCCGAAAUGAUCCUCUACGUGCGCUUGAACCUGUUGCGCGCGAUUGCUGCCUAUCACAACAACGACUCGGCGGGAGCGCAGCGCUAUCUAAACGAAGCAGAGACGAAGCUCAACUCGCUCAAAGUCACCGACGACGAGUUGGUCGGUCUCAUCGCCAUGGGCUUCUCUGCCACCGUCACGUACCUCAUCAACAAGCGCGAGCAGCAGCGCGCGGCCCGCGAGGAAGAACGCCGGCAGCGGGAGGCCAGGCGCGAGCGGCACCGCGCCGGCAGGACUGCCAACGGCCAGUGGGUAGAUGUGGCCCUGCUCAAGGCGCUCACCGACAUGGGCUUCACCCGGCGCCUGGCCACCGAGGCCCUGCGGCAGUCCAACAACGACGAGGCGGCCUCGAUCACCCUCCUCACCGAGUCGCCCGACGUGCUCCAGGCCUCGAUCGACGCGUCACGCAACAAGAAGUCCAAGCGCAAGGCCACCCUCACGCCCGUCCCCGAGGACAAAAUCGAACAGGUGGUGGGGAUGGGCUUCUCGCGUGCGCAGGCCGUGGGUACGUUGCGCGCGACGGACGCCAACGUGGAGCAGGCCAUCAACCUCCUCCUCGAGGGCCGCGGCAUCGAAGCCGACGAUGAGCCGGUCGCCACCACGACGACCACCACCGAGGCUGAGGCCGGCGCAGCGAUGGAGGUCGAACACAAGGGGGAGGCGCCUGGCACGGACGAAGCGGCGGCUGCGGCGGCGGCCGAGGCGGAGAGGAAGCGAGAGCAGGAGGAGCGGUUGGCGCAGGAGCGUGAGCUGCAGCGGCAGACCGAGAACGAGCUCCUGGACAGCGUCGAGGAGGACGCCGACGCGCACCUCGACAUCCCGCUCGACGACGAGUUCGCCGUGCUCGGCACCUACAAGCAGCUUCUCCUCCAGCAACAGUCACCUUCUUCCUGA